GCGGGGCGCGCAUACCCGUCAUUCCAGCUCCUCUAUGUGUAUACGACUCGCUACACAGGUAAACACAGGUAAACCAAGGUACGAACGACACUGGAGACGCAUCUUAGGAAACCAUUUACGGAUCCUACACCUCCCUAGAUACGAGGACGCGAUUCCCUAACAACAGGAUGGUCUAACAAUGGCCAAUCGCCUCUGAACAUCAACUUGACUGUCAUGACGAGGGCUGCUGUGGCCGGUAAUGUAAUGUUCUGGAGAGUAUUUGUGGACAGUCUCACCUAUUUGUGACAUUGUGGGCCGAGAAUCACCAACGACUUAUUCAUUUAAACUCAACAAGCGUUUGACAGACGUUGUCAACAUAAGACGUGUGGUUGCUUGUCAGCGGAAGUGUUUUUUUGUUUCAUUUCAAAAUUCAGUGCUUCAUUAAAGUUGUCAACAGGAGAAAGUUCGCUUCAAGUUAAAAAAUGGAAAGUGAUUUAUCUAAAACUGUUAACCGAAAGUCAUUCGUUGAACAUUUUCAACCGGAAGUUAUAUGUUAACUGUAUUGUCAACCGGAAGUUAUAUGUUGACUGUAUUGUCAACCGGAAGUAGUCUUUUGUUGACAAUUGUCAUUUAUUAAGCUAGUUUGAUCAGCUUAUGGGUGUAAACUUGACGGGUAUAUGCCGUGUCCUUGGUAAACAACCCGGGUAAACAGCAACUCCGGACUAAGACGACACUUUGUAUUGAGAUUUAAUAUCGGCCUCUUAGCACGUCUUGAGGACCCGGCAUAAAUUCUUACCCAAACACUCGAGGGGUGUGUAGCGUCCACGCACAAUAUAGAUAUAAAGUCAUUCGCACCAGUUUAUAGGUUUUCGAUACCAAGGUGCUGGGCAGUCAUAUUUUGAAACAACAUUACUUUUUUAUCAAUAUUAUUUCUUUUUGUUUAAUUUAUGUUUGCUCAUCUUUACACGGAUUGUGUUAAUUAAGCAAAUCACCAAUCAUGUCGUCACCUCGGUCAUCCGGUAACUCAUCAAACCAUCUCCACAGCGUGCCGACGGCGAAAUCGGUGUUCCUGUGUAAAAAUGGGGACCUGUUCACACCUCCGAAACGAAUGAUCAUCAACACCAGCUCAAUGAACACAUUUCUUGAUGAGGUGACAAAGAAGAUCAAGGCUAAUGAGUGCAUGCGGGACGUUUACACUCCCAAAGGGAAAACACACAUCAAGGAUUUAUCUCAGUUCGAGAACGGUCAAUAUUACGUGGUUAAGCCGGCAAGGGGACGUUUCAAAGAAUAUAAUUAUCAAUCAAUUCAAGCAUACAGAACACCUCGUAAAGGCCAGAGACAGAGUAGAAAUAAUUCCAGUAUUUUCAGUAAAUGGUAUAAAGAAAAUAACUUUGCACAAAAUAAGAACAGCAAAUAUGAGGAUAUUAAACCACGAUUCCAUGAAACAGGCGAGCCGGGAAUCCGAAUAUAUAUCCACAAAAAUGAUCAGCCCUUCGACAAGUCUGUGUUGGUACUACUGCGGCAGAAACGCCUCGGGCAGAUGCAUUAUGUUAUGGAGGACAUUAACACAGAGCUCUAUGAGGACAGCAAGUUCCCAGUGGGAUUUGUCUGUGACCUGAAUGGAGUUCCAGUAACAAAAACAACCGAUUUCCAGCCGGAGGAGUUCUACGUCGCUGUCCCACCCAAUCAAAGCUUCAAACCUGCUCCCUACAGCUGUAGGAGACAUGACCUCCCCAACUUUAUCACAAACCCGUACUAUGGCACAGGGUUUCCGCGUAGCACUUACCUCUGGCAAGACCUACACAGCUCUAGACCCACCACCUGGACGAGUAAGCACAACCCGAUUCCACCAAUCAGCAAGCCUUCUCCUAACCAAUCAGUGGCCAGCCAUCCAGAAACCAAUCUGAGGCGCCGAAAAAUACAGAACACCCAUGAGGAUGUCCACCAAAAGCCUGUGAAGCACAAACGUACGCCGGAGACGAAGGUUCGCCAGGUGGAUUACGACCAAGAUAACUCAAGUGUUUUCCGAGCCAAGAAAGAAAACAAAACAACGAAGGGUGCAAAGGAGGUCCGGGAAACCAAGGACACUAAGACUGACCUUCCCAUUGACCAGGUCAAGGCUGAGGAAGUUGAGGAAGAUUAUGGCUAUGACAAGGAGGACAGGAGGUCUCCCAGAGGUGCUGGAUAUACCAAGGAGAAGUCGGACCGUGAUCUGAAUCCCUACAAGGUGCUGGAACCAAUCAAGAAAGACGAUCGCUCGUCCACACCAGUGCACGAUGAUGACGAUGAUGAUGAUGAGAAAAGGAAGGAGGAUGAGGCCGCCACUAAGAUCCAGGCAAGUUUCCGAGGUCACCAGGCUCGACAGGAAGUUGCUCAAAUAAAAAAGGAUCAAGACACCAGCCAGAACAAGGACACCAGCCAGAGGAAGGACACCCCCCAGAGCAAGGACACCCCCCAAAGGAAGGACACACCCCAGAAAGAAAAGACCAAGGAUAAUCUCGCCUCCGAUGCAGAGAAUGAAGCUGCAGCAAAAAUUCAGGCUGGUUUCCGUGGCUACCAAACUCGCCAGGAAUUAAAAGCCAAAGGUCAUAAGGUACGUCCUCCCAUUUCCUCCCAAGGUGACACAGGUGAUGUUUCUAAGGUAGCGAAGGUAGAGGAGGAUGCUGCUGCGACUAAAAUCCAGGCAAGUGUCCGUGGGUAUCAGGCCCGCAAGGAAAUAAAAACCUUAAAGGAGGAGAAAAAGAAAAACGAAGCUGCGACCUUAAUCCAGGCAAACUACAAAGGUUUCAAGGUCAGGAAGGAAAUCAAGGAAAAUAAACCUGGUGAAGCAGGGAAAACAACAAAAGAAACUCCCAAGAAUGAAACUGAUAACAAGGAGCUGACAGAGGACGAGGCUGCAACCAAGAUCCAGGCAAGCUUCAGAGGCUAUCAGACACGCGAAAAGAUCAAGGACGAUCGCGAACAGGGAGAGGGAAUAAAUCAGGGUAACGGAAGUACCGUCAUCUCUACCCCGCCCCACUCCUCAGAGGCCCCAGGGACUAACAGGCAUGCGUAGUACACACAGACUGACCAACGUCCAGUUCUGACUUUUUCGCCAGUUAUUCCAUGGACUGACCAUAUAUUCUCUCAUCAUGUUCAUGUUUGACUGACCUCAUUAACAUAAUUUAAUUAUUAUGGUUGCCUAGUAACCAAUCUCAUGUUGACAUAUUUAUUCUGUUUCGUUCUAACAACUGUUCCCUUGGUUACCUGACAUACACCCCAUUCCACUGUAAUAACCGUGUGAGUUGCUGUGGAAAUCAAACCUUUUUUCCUACCUGUUGACGGCUUGCUUACGUACCCUGGUUCAAUUCCUGAACCAUGAAAUUGAUUUGUGUGGCAUCUAUCUUCUAAAACAUUGCCCCUGUAUAAUCUUCAAAAACAUCAUAGUUUCAUGAAUCUUUCAUAAAACUGUGAUUAACAUAUAAAUGUAUGAAACACCCAACUUUUGGCUGAAGAGUCAUGAUAUUUGGUUGAAAUGAGCAAGUCUGUUUUAACCCCUCCCGACCCUUCCAUGGCCGCUAGCCUGCCCGUUUGCUUUGCUGUGAUCAUUGUGUGUUAUAAGAGAAUUUUUUGU